AUGGCAUCUUCAGCACCAAAGAUCGCACAACCUGAGCGUCGCGAUGCACCUGAUGUUAUCGACCAACAAGCAGACGAGCUCGUGGCGCUCAUCAACAAAAGCAAGCACUUUAUUGUGUUCACAGGUGCAGGUGUCUCAACAUCAGCUGGCAUCCCUGACUUUCGUGGCCCUGAAGGUGCUUGGACGCUCAGAGCUCAAGGAAGAGCUCGCACGGGCAAGACUACCAGCACGCUCCAAGCCAUCCCAACACCAACGCACAUGGCUCUUGUCGAACUUCAGAAUCAAGGGGCACUGAAGUACUUGGUUAGCCAGAACUGCGACGGGCUGCACCGGAGGAGUGGGAUCUCGAGGGAACGAAUCUCUGAACUUCACGGGAACAGCAAUCGAGAGUGUUGCAAAGACUGUGGUAAAGAGUACAUACGAGACUUCCGGGCUGUAGCGACCUAUGAAAAGUCUGUACACGACCACCGGACAGGUCGCAAGUGCACCCAAUGCGGAGGCAAUCUCCACGACACCAUCAUCAACUUCGGUGGCAGCUUGCCUGAGGAACCACUUAAGCUCGCUCAAAACCACGCCAAGAAAGCCGACUUGUGUCUUGUGCUUGGAUCAUCACUCGGCGUUUCCCCAGCAAACGGCAUCCCCGAGACGUGUGGGAAGAGUCGCAAGAGCAAGCUCAUCAUCUGCAACCUACAGGAUACUUUCAUGGAAAACCUUGCAGAUAUGCAUGUUUGGUCUGAAUCGGACGAACUGAUGACUCGAGUUAUGGAUAGACUUGGCUUCACCAUCCCAGCCUUCAUUCUCAAAAGAAGACUUGUCAUCAAGGCCCAGAAGGAUGCACACGACCGCCAGAAGAUUAUACUGGCUGGCAUUGAUGAAGACGGCAUCCCUGUUACGUAUCUAAAAUCAGUAAAGCUUGAGUACAACAGACGUGUGGCAAGGGCUGAGCCGUUCUCUUUCACGUUUCGAGAGACUCUGAGUGAUGAGGCGCGGUUGAGUUUCGUACUAGAGUUCAUGGGACACUACAACGAGCCCAAUCUUGUUAUUGAUUAUACCGUUACUGGGGAAGAAGAUGUCGAGAUUGUGUACGAGCUGCAUUAUGACCCAAGCACGGGAGGUUGGAGCGUAUCGCAGUCGCAAUAG